AUGACCACAAAGACUCUAGAAUCACUGCCUCCAAGGCGCAGCCUCCGCAACAUUAAAAGGCAAAGCCUCACCGAAAGCAUCAGCACGGCCACACCUAUCAAGACAGAAUCCAAACCAUCAGCACCGUUAACAAAAUCUGAAUCCACCAUCAAAACAGAAUCGAAGCCGUCAAAACCAUCAACAAAAUCCGAACCAUCCACCAAAACCAUUUCUAUAACCCAAAUCCCAGACAAAAAAGCCUCCAUCCUCCAAGCCCGCAAGCUCAAAUCCUUCGCAGCCUACUCCCAAUCCUCACCGUUCCCAUCAUUCCCCCAUCCCACUCCUCAAGAAUGCUUCCUCGCUCAUCGCAUCCUCGCCUCCAUCCACGGCGACCGUCGUCGUCCUGACAAAAUCAUUGCGCCAAACAGCGUUGCCGGCUGCGGAGAUUCUCCAUCCGUGCUUGACGCGCUGGUGCGUACGAUUUUAUCCCAAAACACCAGCAACAAGAACAGCUCGCGGGCAAAGCUCUCCAUGGACAAGACAUAUGGCCGGAGCGAUAACUGGGAGGCCAUUGUCGAAGGCGGCACCGACAAGCUGCAGCAGACAAUCAAGUCCGGCGGCCUCAGCGUCGUCAAAAGCAAAGUCAUCAUGAGUAUCCUGCACCAGACAAAGGACCAGUACGGGAUUUACUCUCUCAACCACCUUCUCGAUGCUUCCAACGACGAGGCCAUGCGGGAGCUUCUCUCUUUUCAAGGCGUAGGACCCAAAACGGCGAGCUGUGUCUUGCUGUUUUGUCUACGGCGAGAUAGCUUCGCGGUUGAUACGCACGUUUAUCGCAUAUCAGGCCUAUUGGGAUGGCGGCCAGUAGAGGCAAAUAGGGAGGAGACACAGGCUCAUUUGGAAGCAACAGUGCCGGAUGAGGACAAGUAUGGACUGCAUGUGUUGAUGGUGACGCAUGGGAGGACGUGUAACGAGUGCAAGGCCGGAGGGAAGAUUGCAGGCAAGUGUGCUCUACGGAAGGCGUUUGUGAAGGGGAAGAAGAAAUCAGAUGAUGACGAUUUGAUGGUAAGGGAAGAAGAGUUGUUUAUGGUAAAGGAGGAAGAUUUGUAA